CCAGUCUGAAGGGGAGAGAGAGAGAGAGAGAGAGAGAGAGAGGUAAGAGAGAAGAACAUAUAGAGGAGUAAAGCAUGUCCUGUUCAUACAGACGACAAGGCAAACAGGCACACAGAGCUGUUACAGAGAUGUGAGAGGGACAGGAGAGUCAUCAAACAGUGUGGCUAUAUUUACUCGCUCCACUUCGUCUUUAUGACAGAGCGCACUCUUCUUUUGGUCUUCUGGAAGUUUAUGGACCUCUAGUUGUUCGCUUUGCCCUGUUAGUUGUCUUUAUCAAGGUGACGGGCUCACAUGGAGGACUAUGGUGGCCUCAGGGUGUCGGCCAGGAGCUACAGCCGCUUCUCCUGCACAAACUACAAAUUGAUCUACACGGACUGGGCCAACCACUACCUUGCCAAGUCAGGACACAAGCGUCUGAUCAAGGACCUGCAAACAGACGUCACAGACGGAGUGCUGCUGGCUGAGAUCAUUCAGGUCGUAGCCAAUGAGAAGAUUGACGAUAUCAAUGGCUGUCCCAAGAGCCGUUCUCAGAUGAUUGAGAACAUCGAUGCCUGCCUCAGUUUCUUGGCAGCCAAAGGAGUCAACAUCCAGGGUCUGUCUUCAGAGGAGAUUCGGAAUGGUAAUCUGAAAGCCAUCCUCGGCCUCUUCUUCAGCUUGUCCCGCUACAAACAGCAGCAGCAGCAGGCACAGCGGCAGAACUCCCAGCCCUCUCUCCCUCCCGCCGCCCAGUCCCAGAGCACACACCCUCCCCUGAGCCAGCAGAGCAGCGCCCCGGCCCAGCUCAGCCACUCUCCGUAUGGGACUCCUGCCAUUACAGCCCAGAAAGCAGCACAGGCCGAGAUGCAGUCCAGGGAUGGGUCUCAGAGUAAACUACUCAAGUUUUCCCUUGGUCAGAAAAAGACCUCUAGACUUCCUGGCCCCUCGGCGAGGGUGUCCACUGCCGGCAGUGACAUCCCUCCAAGAGGCUCGGUCAGUGCUGCUGGGAACCGACGCAGUCAGGGCUUCAGUGACAAGACCAAAGCCAACUCGCACCUGAACAAAGAUUCCUCAGAGGGCAUGACCUCACAGCCUUCGGUGAUGACUGAGCAUGCUCUUUCAUCUGCAGUGACUGUCAGCUCCUCCACCAGCAUCCCCGCUGCUACCUCCGCCCAGAUUCCUCCUCCAUCCUCGUCGUCCUCAUCCUCUUCCACGGCCAUUCCCCAGCCCAACAGCAACAGCAAACCUUGGAGAAGCAAGUCUAUGAGCUCCAAGCACACCUCCUCUCCUCUAUCCUCCACCAGCACCCCCUCAUCUGCCAUGCAGUCUGUCAAGGAGAAGGACACCUCCUGUAAGGCCCUGGCAAGUGAAGCUCCUCCUAAGGUUGUCGCUCAGAAGUCAAUGCUGGAGAAGCUUAAGCUCUUCAACAGUAAAGGAGGCUCCAAAUCUUCCAGCUCGUCCAAUGGAGCCGGGGCCCAGGCUGAUAACGCUGCCCAAGCCAGGCAACUCGGAGCAGGGCAGGUAGAGAGAGCGGAGACUGGUUCUAACACUGACCCCCUGGAGGAAGAUGAUGGCAACGUCCGGCCGGGAAUGAACGGGACGAGCAAUGGGACGGCCUACGGAGCAGCUCCCUCAGCAGGUACUACUGUCGCCACAACCGCCAGCAGCCCCAAAAUCGCCCUGAGGGGCAUUGCCCAGCGCACUUUCAGCAGAGCUUUGACUGCCAAGAAGAGCUCGGUCAAAGGAAGCGAAAAAGAAAAGGACAAGGAGAGGGCAAAGGAGAAGGAGAAAGCGAAGGAGGUAGGGAAACGCACCUCUGUCCCCGACAGGACAGAGCUCAGGGGGGAGGAGCCUAAGGAGGAAGUAGCACCCGUUGCUGUAGACACAGACAGUUCAAACAAAAGGACCUCUAAAAUCACCAGCUUCAUUCCCAAGGGAGGUAAAGUGGCCAAAAAGGAGAGUUCCACCCCUGCACACAGCGGAAUACCAAAGCCAGGAAGCAAAGCCCCGGGAGUCGGGGGGAAAGCCUCCUCAGUGAAGGAGGCUGGUGAGAGGCCUCGGAGCAUGCGGUUAGGAGGGGGUCUCGCCAUGCACCGCGGCCCCCUGGACAGAGAUAGAGACAGGGACAGCAGACACUCCAGCUCUACUUCCAGUCUGGCCUCCACAGAGGGAAAGAGUAGCGCCGCCCCUGGGGCAGGAGGAGGCACUACACAGAGCACAGCCAGCAACACGGUCAGCGUGCAGCUACCUCAGACUCAACAGCACCACAGCCACCCCAACACGGCCACUGUUGCACCGUUCAUGUACAGAUCCCAAACAGACUGCGACGGAAUAGGCAACCCUGAGACCGGCUCAGGAGGAAUAGGUGGAGACAUUUCCUUCACCAAGACCAGUCAGCUCUCCAUCGAGGACCUUUCAGCUGAAGACCCAGAGACGAGGCGGUUGCGUACUGUCAAAAACAUAGCAGACCUGCGGCAAAACCUGGAGGAGACCAUGUCCAGCUUGCGAGGAACUCAGGUCACACACAGCACCUUGGAAACCACCUUCGAUGGCAGCGUCACCACUGACAUCAGCAGUGGCGGAGGUGGCAGCAGCGCCAGCAACAACAGCGGAGGGAGUCGGAGCAUCCUCAGCCUCACUUCUACCCGACCUUCCCUGGCAUCAUGGCGACUGGGCCAGUCCAGCCCUCGCCUGCAGGCAGGCGAUGCCCCCUCUAUGGGGAACAGUUAUGGCGGCCGGGCGGUUGGCAGCCAGGGAGGACGCUACCUGUACCCUGGGCACCUCCGACGGCAGCUGGCUGGCAGGGGAGGAGCCCUCUGCAGCGUGGACCUCGGAGACAGAGCUGGGGAGGACAUUGACCUGGACAGCAUGUCUGUGGAGGUCACUGGAUACAUGAGCGACGGAGACGUGCUGAGCAAGAACGCUACGCGCACUGAUGAUGUCACCAGCGGCUACAUGACUGACGGAGGUUUGGGUCUGUACACGAGGCGCCUGAACCGCAUGCCCGACAGCAUGGCCGCUGUCCGAGAGACUCUCCAUCGAAACACGUCGUCAGGACAGGGAGAUGCUGACAGAUCGACACAGAUGACAUCAACACCAGCUCUUCCAUCUCCUCCUACGCCAACACCCCCGCCGCACAGCGCAAGGGCCUCAGCACACAGCCUGUGACAGAUGCAGAGAAGCACUCGGCCUCCACAGCGGUGCAUCAGGCCUGGUCAGGAGACGAGGUGAAGAGGCCAGACGGCGGGUCAGACAGCGGGGUCAGGAUGGAGCCAGGCUCAAAGUGGAGCCGCCGGAACCCCUCCGACAUCUCUGACGAGUCCGACAAGGGCGGCUCGGGCAGGAAGACCCCCUCCGUGUCGCACACGGGCUCUUGGAGGAGAGGCAUGAGCGCUCAGGUGGGGGUGACGUCCCCCCGGACUAAAAGCACCAGUAGCACGAGCUCCACGGGCUCCGCUGGCCUCAAGACCCACAGUUCAGGUAAGACGGAUGACGUCAAGGUGUCAGAAAAAGGUCGUCUCUCUCCUCGUGCUAAUGGCCUUCACCGCUCGCCCUCAGACGCAGGACGCAGCAGCGGCGAUGAGGCAAAGAAACACUCGAUCCCCACCAGCCGCACGGGGACCACAAACGCCCUCACACACACUGUUUCAGACCCCCACUCCCAGACACAUACACUCACCUCGCGUACCCCUACCAGCACCUUUGGCUUUAAGAAGCAGGGUCCUGGGAUGGUAACCAUGGUUACUGCUAGUGGCGCCACCAUCACGAGUGGCUCAGCCACCCUGGGGAAGAUGCCCAAAUCUGGGGCACGCUCACUAGCAGGAGGGCUGAAGGCCGGUGGUCACGAUGGCGGAUCAGCGCUGGGUCACCACGAUGACGGCUUCCUCCCCAUGAGCGCCCGCUCCACACUGCAGUACCGCAGCUUGCCGAGACCCAGCCGCUCCGGAGCAGCCGCACGCAACGGAAACCGCUCCUCCACCAGCAGCAUCGAGGCCGCCGUGCUCUCGGUCACAUCUCAUGGCAAAAACUCAAUCAACAUCACCAAGGCCAACGGCUCAGGAGGCCUGAUGGCCAAUCAGACGGAUCGGGAGAAGGGCGUCUCUGAGAUUGACAACCUCAGGAGUGGAGUGGUGAUGCAGGGUGGAGGAGCAGCGACUGUUCCUCUGACAGGAAGACAGCAGGUUUCCUCACCCACACUGCGCAGGUUGUUUGGUGGGAAGCCAAGUAAGCAGGCUCCCGUCACCACGGCUGAAAACAUGAAGAACUCCACUGUUAUCUCCAACCCCCACGCCACCAUGAACCAUGUGGCCACAGUGCUGGAGUCGCCUGAUGGAGGGCUGGGAGGCGUAGAAAGCGAGACCAGCAGUCUCCUGUUUGGAGGCAGAGUGCACGGAUCGGGGAUGGGGACCCUGGGCAGCGAGCAGGCCUCCAGUCCCGGCUCCGUCUACUCCUCCACCGGCCCCUCCAACAGCUUGACAUGGGGCACCACCUUCAGCAGCUCCUCCGCCCAGAGCCGAGAGAGCACGCUGGGUGGGCACGGAGGGACAGGCAGCGUGGGAUUCCCCUCUGUCAGCAGCAUGCACACCAGCAGCGAGUCCAUUGACAUGAGCCUGGGCAGCGGGGGCCAUGGGACCCACAGGGAGGACACUCUGUCUGCUCUGGGCCGCGCUGGCAGUGUCAAGACUGGCAUGUCUGAGAGUCCCCUCUCCUCCCCCUCCGCUAGCCCUAUAUUCAGCCGAAACACGCUACCUCGGAAGCAGGACAGCGGGCCACACUGUGGUAGAAACACUCUGCCUAAGAAGGGACUCAGGUAUGGUCCAUCCCCACAGCUGCGAGGCCAUGAGGAGGCCCGUGAUUGGCUGCGCUCCCACUCCACUAGCGGGCUGCAGGACUCGGCCAGUAACUCCCCGUUCUCCCCCGGCUCCAGCAUCACCUCCCCCUCCGGCACCCGCUUCAACUUCGGACAGCUCGCAUCAAGUCCGACCUCAGCAGCUCAAAUCAACCUCGCCAGUAUGCGUAACAACAGCCUGACCAAUCAGGAGGUCUCCUUUGACCCUUGCGGCGACAACCGUCUGAGGAACUCGUGCAUGUCACUCGACGAGAAGACUCGCACCAUGAGUAGAUCGGGCUCCUUCAGGGACGGCUUCGAGGAAGUUCAUGGAUCCUCCCUGUCUCUGGUCUCCAGCACGUCUUCCAUUUACUCCACAAAUGAAGAGAAGUCUCAGUCGGAGAUCCGCAAGCUGCGCAGGGAGCUGGACGCCUCCCAGGAAAAGGUUUCCGCCCUGACGACACAGCUGAGUGCCAAUGCUCACCUGGUGGCAGCAUUUGAACAGAGUCUGGGCAACAUGACCAUUAGACUGAAGAGUCUAACCCUGACGGCAGAGCAGAAGGACUCUGAGCUGAAUGAACUGAGGAAGACCAUCGAGUUGCUGAAGAAGCAGAAUGCAGUUGCUCAGGCUGCCAUCAAUGGAGUCAUCAACACCCCUGAACUCACACAUAAAGGGGACAGAACAGCCGGCAGUAAUGGCAGUCAACAGCAGCAGCAGCAGCAGAUUCAGCAGCCAGACCUGCGCAUCAGGAGGCAGCAUUCCUCUGACAGCGUUAGCAGCAUCACCAGCGCAACCAGCCACUCCAGUGUCGGCUCCAACAUGGACGCAGAUGCAAAAAACAAGAAGAAGAACAAGAAGAACUGGCUGCGAAGCUCCUUCAAGCAAGCAUUCAGCAAGAAGAAAUCUCCCAAGUCGGCCUCUUCUCACUCCGACAUCGAGGAGAUGACAGACUCCUCACUGCCGUCCUCCCCCAAACUGCCUCACAACGGCUCCACAGCCUCCGGCCACAUGCUCAGGAACACACACUCCAACUCGCUACUGUCUGAGUGUUUGGACAGCGAGGCGGAGACGGUGAUGCAGCUGCGCAGCGAGCUCAGGGAGAAGGAGAUGAAACUGACCGAUAUCCGUCUGGAAGCUCUCAGCUCCGCCCAUCAGCUGGACCAGCUCCGGGAGGCCAUGAACCGCAUGCAGGUGGAAAUCGAGAAACUGAAGGCGGAGAAUGACCGUCUGAAGGUGGAGAAUCAGGGCAGCAGGACAGGCUCCCAGGCCUCCAUCUCGUCCUCUCCUCCCCCUCACACGCACACACACAACCAGGCCCCAGGAACCGGGCCGGGGCUCUCCCAGCACAGCCUCAACCUCACCACCAGCGAGUCCACCAGCCUGGACAUGCUGUUGGAUGACACCGGCGGAGAGGGAGGGAUGAGGAAGGAGGGGAGACAUGUGAAGAUGGUCGUCAGCCUGGACGAGGUCAGCAAGUGGGGAGAGGAGGGCCGGCCUCGUCAUUUUCUGAUUGGUUGCAUCGGCGUGAGUGGUAAAACCAAGUGGGACGUCCUGGACGGAGUGGUCCGACGCCUUUUCAAGGAAUACAUCACCCAUGUGGACCCGGUGAACCAGCUGGGCCUGAGCUCAGAAAGCGUGGAGGGAUACAAAAUCGGCGAAAUCCACCGACCCAGCAGCCUCAGGGCUGCCCUCACACCUGAACUGCUGCCCUGCGGUUACCUGGUGGGAGACAGCAACACCAUCAACAUCCAGCUCAAAGGUGUGAGCAGUGAGAACGUGGACUCACUGGUCUUCGACACUCUGAUCCCGAAGCCGAUGCUGCAGCGCUACGUCUCCCUGCUGAAGGAGCACAGGCGCGUCAUCUUGUCGGGCCCCAGCGGUACAGGAAAGACCUACCUAGCCAAUCAGCUAUCUCGGCACCUGCUGCUGCUGGAGGGCCGGCCUCUGACCCCGCACGCCGUUGUCACUUUUAACGUGGACCACAAGUCCAGCAAGGAGCUGCGUCAGUACCUGUCAGGUCUGGCCGAGCAGUGCAGCGGUGUCCCGGGGGCAGACAGCCCUCUGGUGGUCAUUUUGGACAACUUGCACCACGUCAGCUCCCUGGGAGAGAUCUUCAACGGCGUCUUCAACUGCAACUACCAGCACUGCCCCUACAUUAUCGGCACCAUGAGCCAAGCAACGUCAUCUGCCCCCAACCUGCAGCUUCACCACAACUUCAGGUGGGUGCUGUGCGCCAACCACAUGGAGCCGGUGAAAGGCUUCCUUGGUCGCUACCUGAGGAGGAAGCUGAUCGAGACGGAGAUCGGCAGCCGGACACGCAACAUGGAGCUGGUGAAGAUCAUCGACUGGAUCCCGCGGGUUUGGCACCACCUCAACCGCUUCCUGGAGACGCACAGCUCUUCCGAUGUCACCAUCGGACCUCGUCUCUUCUUGUCCUGUCCCAUGGACGUGGAGGGAUCCAGGGUUUGGUUCACUGACCUAUGGAACUACUCCAUCAUCCCUUACAUGCUGGAGGCCGUAAGGGAGGGGCUACAGCUGUACGGCCGCAGAGCUGCGUGGGAGGACCCAGCUGCCUGGGUGAUUGACACUUACCCAUGGUCUGCCACGCCCACUCCUGCUGAAUGGCCCCCGCUGCUGCAGCUCCGCCCAGAGGAUGUUGGGUUUGAUGGCUACUCUGCCCCGAGAGAAGGAGUCAGGAAAGAGCCGCCACAGAGCGACAGUGACGCAGACCCACUGAUGAACAUGCUGAUGCGUCUGAAGGAGGCGGCGACGUCAUCGAGUCCGCAGAGCUAUGACAGCGACUCCAACAGCAACAGCCACCAGGAUGACAUCCUGGACUCGUCUCUGGAGUCGACCUUGUGAUGUCGCCAAAAGGCAACACGGGGAUCUGUUUUCAGGAGGAACUUUUUAUAAGAACUGUUCUCACUGUGAGAACUUCUUGCUGUGAGGAUAAUGCCACAAAAUCCAGCCACCUUAAUUUGGGUGCAGGUAACCCAAAUAUUUAAAAAGAAAAAAGGUUCCAAUUGCAUUUCAGAAAACGGGCAACAAGUUUCUACUGCACUGCGCUGUUUUUUUUUUGUUUUGUUUGUUUUUUUUCACCGCUGUGGCCCGUGGCUCCUCUAUCAGGAGCCUGACAUGUACUUCAGACAGACAGAAUAAAAGCACACAGCCUGUCACUGAUGCUGAGGCGUCAUCAUUACCAUCAUCACCAGCCAUCAGUGUACCAGCCAGGAGUCCUCCACAGCUCCAGCUCAUCAGGCUGCAGUGCACCUGAGCUGCCUGCAGAUGGUGCUACAGGCCCUUGUCUCUGGAGCAUCAGUGAGCCUGAACUACCAGCUGCUGAGAACACAGAUGCGUCUGCUGCUGGUUGGAUGGAUGCACAGCCAGCCGCUUUCUGCUCUUCCUCCUCCUCCUCGUCUACGGCUGGAGUUGCAUGUGUGAUUGCUGGAGGAUAAAUCAAGCCAAAGUGAAUGUUAAAUCCUACAGGAUGCCCACUCACACUUCCAAAAACUCCUCAGAGAUUGUUAAAUGUACCCUCAAAUACUGUUUUAAAUAUAUUCAAAACAUAUCAAAGCCAAAUUUCUGAGUUGAAAAGAAAUAGUGAAAGAAUAGUCAAUGAAGCAGAUGUGUGUCCACAAAAAGUAAUUAAGGGAGCACUAAUAAAAAAGCAGUUCAUAACAUCUACAUUUCAAUGUUUUAGAGGUAAAUGUAAAAAAUUAACUUUAUUUAAAACCUUCAGUGGACAAAAAGGAUGAGAAUUGUGAGUGUUUAUAUAUGCAAAUCCAUGAUAUACACUACUGUUCAAAAGUUUGGAAUCAUCUGUAAUGGCUCUUUUAAAAUAGAUAACAGUAAAAUUCAGACACCAAAUCUAUUGUUUACAUUCGAAUACUCUUGGCCGAAAAAAAGAAGAAAAAUAUAAUGUUCAAAAAUUCAACUUAAUUGACCCACAUGGCCUUGCAUGACAGGGAAGAAUACCCUUUGAUUUUAAAUUAGUUUUCUCGUCCAGGAAAGCGUAAGUGACCCUAGAUCAUUAACAAGCAACAAUGGUGCUUGCAGUUGGAUAAAGGAGGAGGUUUAGCGCGCUUCAGCCGACUCACAAGGAAUGAGGCCUGUUCGCUCUCAGAGUAGGGCAAUGUUGUAUCAGGACAAAUAUUGUCUAAGACUGAUAAAGAUGCACCUGCCGUUGAAACAUUGUUUAAUAAAGUAUGUUGCAAUAGGUUCUUGCAACUGGGCUCUAAAUAUUAAUUUUUUUUAAUUAAUAUUAUUAAUUGAUAUAGAACCCAUUUUUCUCUGGGCCUUCUGUAGUCUACUCAAUAGAUCCAUUCAAUGCGUUAAAACUGUGAUUACUCAGUUAGUAUGUUCAGCUGAUAUUAAAUAUAAGUUUUAAGCACAAGCAACACCUGUUAAUUCCAGCUUGUUUUAGCCAUUAUUGAGUACAUGACACUGAAAUUGGACUGGACCCUGGUACUAUUUACAUCUGCACAGAUUUUGAUGCUAAGCUUUCAAUUUCUCUUACCAGUGACUUCUUAUUGAACUGUUGCCAAGAGGCAUCUUUGUCUCUUUCUGCCCUUUCAGUUCAACCAGCAUUCUUUCUCCAUGUACAAAACAUUACUUUUUUUGGUAACUUUUAAUAUAAAAUAACAUCUAUUUGUAAAGAGGACAUUCUACAACUGCAAAGCAUAAAAGACAAUUCAAAAACAUACAGUACACUCCUCUGAGCCGUCUGACUGUACCAAAUCAAGCUUUUGCAGCAGGUGAUUUAAAACUUUUAGCAGUAGUGUAAAGAUGAGAACAAGGAAGUUGGCAAACAUUGUAGCAACAUUGCUACAGUGCCAGAAGAAUGUGUGUGGAAACGAAGGAGACAAGCUUGGUCAAUUUAACCAAAAAUUCUCACCACAAUCCUUGCUCAAACUUUGUUUAGGAGUUGACACCUCAUAUGCCACUUCAUCAACAUCCUCAGUGGUCACAUCCUCCCACAUAGCUGAGCUGUUGUUCUAGCAGAGGGGGGUUCCUUUGAAAUGGAGCAGAAUAAAGUGAUAAAUGCAUAAGUGUUAUUGGCCAAACACACAAAUGGAAACACAAACACCUGUCAGAUCUCCUGAAAAUAAAAAUCUUUUCUUAUCCAGCUCACAUUUGUAGCCAAUUUUACAAAGCAAGGCAAAAUCUAAUAUACAAAAUCCCUUUCAGGAGGAACGGGCACUAACUGGGAAAUUAACAUUCACCAUGGCUAGAUUUAUGCUUUUAACUUUUACCGUGUUUGAGAUAAUGUCCUUUUCUGUCUGUGUAAUGCCUCUACCAAGUUCUAAGUUCUGUCUUUGACCGCUUAAUCAUCCUUUGAAAGCUCCAUGCACAUUGGCCCAAACAGGCUGUUGUAGCACAAAUCUCUUUUGGUGCUGGACCGAAUUCUAACAAACAAUGCCUUACUCUUUUCUAACAGACUAUGUGCAUUAGCUGAUUCUUUAUUUGUCUAAAUGGCUGUAAACUUAACAGGGCUCCAAAGUCGACUCUCUCCUCGAAGAGCGGCGUCGACCUCUCAUCAUAUCAAACACCAAUUGCCGUGGAAUUGAGAUGUGAAUGAGAAGCAGUACUCUGGGUUUCAAAUUAAGUUGUAUGCAUGUAUGACCCAGUGCUGUGAAGCUGGUGUAAAUAUUUGGACCACUGGCAAGAAAGAAAAUAAAUAUAUAGAUGUGUUUUGGUGCUCGAAAUCAGAAGUUUUUGCAGGUUGAUUGGGUGAGGGAAGUUUAGGAAGAUGUGUUGAUUUUAUACCUCAUCCUCAUCCUUUAACUGUGCUUUCGCCAUGCUCAUAGUCUGUUUUGAUUAUGUGAUUUGUGACGAACAGAACUGUCAUGACAAACAUGAACUAAUUAAGUGAAAACUAGUGUAUAUGCUGCUUUGUUGAUAGUGUUAUAAUUAAUGAGGUUAAAAGGUAUAAAGGUACUUGUGGUUGAAUGAUAAUGUAAAACAGUUUGACAUCAUUUCUGUGGCUUAAAAAAAAAUAAAGAAUAUUGUACUUUUUCUUUGUUUUUAAACCUGCCUUCUGGGAAGGGCAGGCUGACACUUAAAGUCGGGGUCAUGCAUCGCUUUUAGUGUUUUUGUCACCAAUCCUAUGCAACAUUCAUUCUGAUCUCCAAAUGGAAGCCAAAAGCUGAAUGUGCGUUUGUCCCCCCCCCCACCCAUUCCCCGUGAGCGGUUUUCAGCACUGCCGAGACGUACAGCAUGGAACCCGAUUUGUGAAGACUUUUAGGAUUUGUUGCCCAUGGUCUUUGUCCAUAUGUGUGUAUGUGUAUUUUAUAGAGGCUUUCCCGCUACGGUCCUUGUAAGCACAAAGAGACUGAUUCUCUGUCUUGUGUAAAGCCGGCUCUGAGAGGUGUGGAUGUUGUUGAAGCAUUUGACCAGUCUGUCAGUUUAUUACUCACAAACUCAAUGAAUGUUUAGCCUUCUUUGCUAUGUACAUUUUUUAUAUGUAACAUAACUUUGUAAAUAGUUGAUUAUCUUGCAGCAUUUUGAUGACUUUUUCUAGCUGAUUUGUAACAGUACUUGAAAAGGAGUAUUUUGUGUACAGUCUCUUUACAUCAGAGCAGAUUGGUGCUGUUUGUCAUCACUGGUCUGUCCAGGGCUCGGAGAAUGAAAUCUAUCACUGUACUAGUCUUAAGUUAUUGUGAUUCAAUAAAAAUUAAUGAUUAUUUAUGAUUGAA